GGGGGGGGGGGGGAGAAAAAAAAAAAGAAAAGAGAAGGGAGACAACCGGAAAUGGUACAGUGUAGCCCGAACCACUCUGCUGAAUGCUGAUGCGAUCUAGUGUACAUAGUGGUAGCAUCAUCUCAGUAGGUAGUAUAGUACAUACAGAUACACACCAUGCAGUCACGGAGGCCCGCGGAAUGCGGAAACCCCGCCUCCACCUCGGGUGUGGCCCAUCUUCUCUUUGUUCGAACCCCCACCAUGCAUGCCAUGCCUUUUUGCUGCUAUUUGUAACUGGAGUAUCCGUGGAUUCGCUCUACUUUGAUGUCGAGGUUAAUGCGCGUUGCCAAAGCGGUCCCUCUCAAGGUCGUCGCAGCACAGGCACACACUCAUCCUUGAUGUCCAGGCGUCUGUUCGUUGAAGGGUCUCACCACGUGAGGCGAACCGAGGACGGACGACAGGGCGAGCAACUAAACAAAGCCAGACAGCGUCUGCUCGGGCCCUUUCCAAGGCCUCACCUCAGCGGGCUACGAGACCACUCGACUCGGCGCAACAUGCCCCAGGAAUAACGACAAAAAUCAGGCCACUCGCACGCAGGGUGGCACACCACCCACCCACUCACCACCACGACUGAUGAACGAGGGGGAUUUUCUCGGCUGCCUGCUUCUUUUGCGUAGCUGCUAGAGGGCCCGAACACGGAGAG